AUGUACCGUCUGGUUUACGAGACCAUUGCACGGACCCUGGGCCAUUCAGUGGCCACGUCCACGGAGCAUUACGGCACGAUUGCCAAUUAUCCGCCCUCCGUCAACGCGGCCGACGUGCUCCGGUCCCGUCAUUUGGGCCAGGUCUGGCAUCGGCUGGGGUUGCGUCGGAAGUUUCUUAAUUUCGAGGGUGAGGUUGUUGAUCCUGUGCCUGAUCCUGUUGAUGUGGAUGUGGAUGUGGAUGUGGAUGCAGAUGUGGCAUCCGAUCUUUCAAUUGGCCCUGGUAGUCCUGUCUCUGAAGACGUUGAAGAGGUUGAACCUAUACGCGGUGAUAUUGGCGGGAAUCCUGUCUAUGCUGAUGAUGAAGUUGAUUCUAUUUCAGAUAUGCUUAUGGAGAUUCCUCGCAUAUAUUAUAAUAGGGCUGUAGGUUCUGCAGAUCCCACCCCGGCUCCUUCUGCAGCUCCUCCAUCCCCAGUGCCUUCUCGUUCACCAUCCCCAGCUCCUGUUCCUGAUCCUGUUCCUGAUCCUGUUUCUGCUCCUGUUUCCGUUGAAGAUGUUCCAGCAGCUCCUUCUCAUCCUCCAGUUCGCUCUUCCCUGGCUCCCAUCAGUGCCCCUCCAGUGUCUGUUUCUUGGAACAAUUCCACCCUCUCCCCAAAUCACGCUACGUCGUCCCCUUAUGUUCACCAGCUCCCAGGCUAUCGUCCUCCCUUCUCACCUCCCUACCACGCACCCGUUCCUCCAUAUUACGCUCCUGCUUCUUCUGAGUUCGCUUUACCUCCACAAGAUGCAUAUCUAGGCGCGCCGCUAUAUGAAGCGCAUGUGUCGCGGGAAGUGCUUCUGGAAGCGAGAAAACGCCAUAGCCGAGAAAAACGGGAAAGAAAAGAGAGAAAAAUGGAAAAGAAGAGGAAAGAGAAGGAAAAGAUCAGUAAAAGAGAGGAAAAUAUCAGGAAAAGAGAGGAAAAGAUUAGAAAAAGAGAGGAGAAAGAAAAGAUAAGGAAAAGCGAGAAGCGAGAGAAAAAAGAAAGAAAACGGGAAGAGGAGAAAAGAGAAAAGGAAAGAGCGGCCCUAGCGUCCCCUGUCACGCCCGUAAAAACCCUAAAAGUCAAAGAUGUCCAUCUAUAUCUGUCUGCAACGAGAGGGCCGUUAUACCGUAGCGAAAGCCCAUCAGGGCCCUCAGGCCCGUCAGGAAGUCCUCGAGCCAUGCCAUCGGGUCCCCCAACGCCGAAUCUGAGUGCCAGGCGGGUGUACCCUCUUAUCUCUCAAUCGAGCACGCAAAGGCUGGCCAUUCCUGGGUCCUCUUCCCAUCCAUCGCGAGUGCAAAAGCCGCCUCCCAGCUCGCGCUCUUUAGGAUCGCCGCCCUUGUUUCCCGAGACGCCACGCCGGUCCUUGCUUUCUCCCCAGCAUCUCCGCCAAAGAAUAACGGAGAGUUUGCAGGCAUCGCCAUUGGGAAGGUUCUUUGCGCCAGGUUCCCCCAAAAGUGGUUCUGCUCGGAAAGGGCCGAAGAGCCGAAGAUCCUUAAGCAAGAUUAAGCAAGAUCCGGUGGUUAUUUCUGAUCUGGAUGAUCUGGGGCUGGAAGAUCUGGGGCUGGAUUAUCUGGGGCUGGAUGAAGAUUAG